GCAAAUGCUUUAAGUACUUACAACAUCACAUAUUGCACACACACAUAAUUCCAUAUAAAUCAAAUCUAACACCUUUGAUGGUUUAAGUCGCCGGGUUGGAUCUUGCGUCCACUAACAGGAUAUUUUUAGGACUCCCUUCACUAAAUAUAACCCGCCUCGAUCAUUUGUCAUCGCGUCACAACAAGUAACACUACCCGUUUUGCCUUUUUCCUUCCCGCUGACUGAGUUGGAUGAGAGGUAUCGGGUUUUAGGCUUUAAAAGGAGGGACGCUCACAAGAGCUUGACACUCUCAUCCAGACCAGAGCCUGCAGAGGUGGUUACUACAGCAUUAAAAUGACUUUUUGGUGCAACUCCUGCAAAUGUCACGUAAGCGCUCCGUGCACCUCUCAUCAUCAUCAUCCUCCUCAUCAUCAUCAUCAUCUUCCCGAGGAUCAGCACCGCUCACUGCACAGAAGGUUCAGAUCCACUAAAGGAGCAUCCAAAGCCCGGCGGGACCACAUCAACCAUGAGAUCAGGAAUAUGCGAGCUCUGCUGCCCAUCGCCCAGGAGGACCAGGAGCGUCUCUCCUACCUGCACUCCAUGGCCGCCAUCUGCACCUACAUUAGGAAGUCUGUUUUCUUCCAGGAGCUCCUGACUGAGGAGAGAUCUCACUGCUUUCUGCCAUACGAGGCGUUCGUUCAAGCCCUGCAUGGCUUCAUCCUGGUCACUACAGCCCAGGGGAAGCUAGUCUAUGUGUCUGAAAAUGUAGCUGAAUAUCUCGGCCUUUCUAUGGUAGAUGUGCUUCAAGGAGACACUUUCUAUGAUAUGGUGGAACGCUCUGACAUUGAUAUUGUUAAGUCAAACUUGGACAUUGAAAACAACUCAUCGCCAGAGAGGAGCUUUAUAUGUUGUAUGCAAACCUCCAAGGCCUUCAAGCUGCAGCAUGGCAGCUGCAGCUCCAUACUGGUCAGAGGAAGCUUCCAGACCUUCCCUCAGCCUGGUCCAUCCUCCUCAGUCUUUCCCACCAAGGAGCCCCUGUUCGUGGCCCUCUGUACGCCUACAGUGAACCGCCUGCGAAGCGCCGACUCCUUCUUCUGUCACAGCUUCGACAGCGUCCACAGACUCGACAUGACUUUCGCACACCUGUCAGACAGUGUUUUAUAUUUUUUGGGCUACUCAGCAGAAGAAAUGACUGGUGGAUCAUGGUACAGUCUCGUUCAUCCUGAAGAUCUGUCUUUGAGUGCAGAUUCUCACAGAAGUUUAAUGCAGGCAGAUGAGGGCUUCCAGGUAGAGAUGGUGCUUAGACUCCAGCGCAAGGAUCUGUCAUGGACCUGGAUCUACAUCCGUGCUAAUAAGGACUCUGAGUGUCAGGGCAUCAGCUGCACUAACUACAUCAUCAGUGAAACUGAGGCCAGAUUUCUGCAGAAGAAAGUCAGCAGCAAUGCCUUCAGGCCAUCAUCUCUGGCAAAUUCCUGCCACUUUGCAGCUCAACAGGCGUCCCAGACUCACAGCUACAGCAACACUAAAUGCUUUAAAAGGCAGAGGACGUCAAACAGCCAAAGCGAGGAGCCAAGUGGUGCCAGAGCUAGGAAGGAAUCUGAGCAAGAUAUAUAUUAUGUUGCGUUCGCCUCCUCUCAAGGUGAUUGCUCACCUGUUCCUUUGGGUGACAGCCCCGCUCUCUUCACCCCUCCCUACAGCCCCGCCUCCACAAGCUCCCCUCUGCAAAGGGAGGAGCUCAGCCAUGACCUCCUGAUAGACGUGCAUGGAUACACAGAUCAGCUGCUUUCCUCCCCUGAGGGUUCCCCUCCCUAUUACUCCUACCCAGAGGCUGGGCUCACCUGUCACCAAUCACCCUCCGACUCCCUCCCAGCAGCCACAGAACAAACUUUUGACCAGGGAACUUUCGGAGCGCUCAGUGCCCGUUCUCCAGCCUCCUCCUCAUCUCCAACCUAUGAUUUCCAAGCUUGUACAUCUGAUGCUCGAUUAGUUCCAGACUGCCUGUCUGUGUCCGACAUGUGUGAGAGCCCAGUGGACUGUGCUCUGCAUCAAGAUGACUUCAGCCUCCUGGAGCAGCCACAAGGGGGCAGCCUUCACCAAGUGCACCAUGUUCCCCAGCAUGUGUUGCCCAUACAUUCCAGUCUUCUUACCCCCAACCAAUCUCCCACAUCCACAGAGUCUAACCAGUACAGCGAGAGAGAGCAGGCAGAGAUCAGUAUUCUGGCUCAGCAGAUCUCAUCCCUGGCCAGCAGCUUUGACAUGUAUCGCACCCUGAGCCCACUUCAAAAUGCGGCCCAGCCCGCAGACACUAACAGCCUGCCCUCAACAUGUGACUGGUCCCAUCACCCUCCUCUCCCCUCUGUCCCUCCUCUUAAGCGUGAGCUGGUCUUCGAUGACAGUGCGUUUGACAACAUCUUGAAGGACCUAGACAUGGUUACAAGGAAGAGCAGCAUGUCUGGCUCCAGUGUUGUUCCCUACAGCUACCAGCAGGGCUUGGUGUGCGGCAGGAGCAGGUCCCAUCAGUUGGACCAGGAGCCCCUCAGUGUGUCCCAGACCAUCCCAGAGGCCUCACUGCCUGAAGAGCAGUUCACUGCAGGCGGUAUCGCCAUGGAUCCCUUCAGUCUGCAGAUGGGAUGUCAUGACCAAAACACUGGGUUGCAUCAACUCAACCACUAUAUGCAGAGUAGCCUUAAGCAAGAUGGCCUUGCUGAAGAAAACCUGUACUGAAAUAAGUCUGUGACUUACUGUACUACCACUUGUAUGACAUAUUGUCAGGGUAAUCUUCCUUCACUGGAUUCAAAGAAGAGUUUGAGCAAAGACAUUUAAAGGACAUCUUUGCUAAGACACUGUCUCCCCAAAUGACUGAUCUCUGAAUGUUGAGGAGAAUCUAAAGUAGAUUCUGAACCCCAGACUCAGCUUUGUUUUCAUUUCUUUAUACUGCUGUCAUCUGUGUUUUAUUUUUCUGCUGAUGUUUUGUGUUUUAUGAAAAGAAGGUACUUUUUAAAAUUUGUCUGACAACACUUACACGUUGAAAUAGAAGUCUAUUUUCUUGUUCUAAUACUGAGUGACCACAGUUUACUAUUGAGCACUUUAUCAAUGUCAUUGCCACAAGAAUUUUAUAAAUGAGAAGCUGUGCUGAUUUAAAGGGAAUAUAUUCCAAGAUUUCAAAACUACCUUAGUGAGCUAUAGCUCAGAGAGCAUUCCUUAUAACAAAGAGCCAUUCCUAAAUGUGGUUUUAGGUGCCUUAAAAACAUGAAGGAGAGACACUUACCAAGUUUACUAAGAAUAAUAUUUGCAUUCCUUAUUUGUUUUUUAGUGUAUUUUUCUCAGCCUUUAUUAUUUCCGCACUGUUAUGAAUAAAACAACCUCAGUCAGCAAGAUAAUGAUGAUUGUACUUCAACACCUACCUCGAUGGUACAUCUCAAUACAUUCCAAGUCUGAAAGUCAUUAAUUAAUUGUAUUUAUUUAGUUUCAAAAAGACUGACUUAACCUUAUUCUCACUUAUUAGUAUUAAAAUGUUUUUCUUUACUGCAAUGUGAAUCUUAAAUUCAUCAAUCAACACUCAAUUCAUUCCAGAUAUGUUUGUUUAAUGGUACUGGUACUAUACAUGCCUGAGUGUUCAGUGUUAUUGUCUUGUU